AUGAAGAAGAACAGAGGAGGAGGUGGUGGCAGGGGACGGGGAGGAGGAGGUGUGAAGAGGCCCAGUGGAGCCCCAGGCCCGCUCAAAAAGUUGCCGGUCUUUGCCAACCAGGUGCCCUUCCGGUUCGACCCCGCCACCGACGCCUGGACCGAAGUGGUCCUCCCUGCGGUGGCACCCACCGACGGGGGCGCCAGGAAAAAACCCGGAUCCAGACCGCCCGUGCCACCUCAGCCGGCGGCUGCCAGCACCUCCACCACUCGGCCGAGCCCUGACCACGAAGCCGAGGCCGAGGCUGACGCCGAGACCGAGACCACGUCAGUUGUAGAGGAGGUGGGUGGCGGGCGGACGUACAAGCUGUGCACGAUGAACGUGCUGUUCGACCUGUACGGCAACGAGCGGAUACAGACCAAGCGGCGCAUGCCGGCCCUGAUCGACCUCCUCCGCGACACCGAUGCCGACAUCAUCGGCCUCCAGCCGUUCUUGAUUCGGCUGAUGCGGGAGGAGUGGGUGCAGCGGAACUACUACGUGUCUGACGGGUCGCUCGGGUACAGCCUCAAGCCCUACUACGGACAGCUCAUCCUCUCCAAGCUCCCCUUCCACCGGCUCAUCACGCACCAGUUCAGCAAGUCCAAGAAGGUGACGAUAGCGCAGUUUCUGGUGGAGGGCCGGAAGGUGUGGGUGCCGGUGGCCGACGUGUGGAUGAUGGGUGACUUCAACUUCGAAGACGGCGAAGAGGAUCGCGGCCUGCCACCUCAGUGGGGCCAAUUUGUGGAUGUGUGGCCGUCGCUCUACCCGGCGCAGGCUGGCUACACGUUCGACCCGCAGCGCAACGCCAUGGCCGCCGAGACCACCUCCUCCGGCCGAUCACGGCGGAUCGACCGGGUGAUGCUGCGGUCUGGGGCGGGCGCGCCGCGGUGGGAGGCCCGGUCGAUGGAGCUCAUCGGCACGCAGCCCCUGCCCCCUGUGGGCGAUGAAGGCGGCGACGAAGGCGGCGCGGUCGUCUUUCCGUCGGACCACUUUGGCCUCGUCGCCGUCAUUGGGUCCGCCGGCGCUGCCACCACUUCCAAUGGUGUCGGUGGCUUCGGCUGA